AUGCAGCAAAAAACUCAUGAUAGAGAAGACACUGGGAUUAUUCAGAUAGUACUCUUUCCUCCGAUAGAACUACCGCGAAAAUCCUUCGCCGACGAAGAAGAAGACCGCCGAAAUGGCAUCAAAAUAUCCACUUUUCACGUCGCCAGAGAAGUAUGGGUCGAGCCGCGUCGGGGAAAUCUCGCAAAAGGUCCUCCCGGAUGUGAGGGAAAGAACUUCCUGGAGAUCGCGCAGAUCCAAAUGACGCGGGAUCACCAAAUGAUCAUUUUUGAAAUGACGUAUAAUUUGAUCAAGGCGCAGUGUCGAGCGAAAAAGCCCUGGGACAGCUCCUUUGCUUUCAAAGACCUGAAGCAAAACUCAAAGCCGGCUGGGUUCGAGAACACAAGCGGGGUAAAAGAAGUGAAGAUGAAAUACCUCGACUACUCGUUAGACGAAGAAUUCGAAAAUCGAAUGGAUCGAGUCUUCUUUAUGAACAAUACCCACGACAUUGAAAAAAUGUUGUAUCACGGCAAUCAUCGCCUUUUCGGCUUCUCCCUCCUCGAAUCAACAACUGAAGAUAAAAACCAGCCGAAUCCUGGGAAUGAAGAGCUCCUUCAUCAAUUCCAUGCAGUGUUAAAAAUCCGAUCAGAUUUUUCUCUCGUUCUUGAUUCGGUUGAAAACAUGAAGUGUCCGAUUCAAGAGUUUCUUUGCGAAAUGCUCGGCAUCCGAAAGCGCGAUCACAAGGAAUCCAGAAGUACAGUUACUGACUAUGACAAUUAUGAAGAGGAUCAACUGUAUGAUGGAAACUACGAUUCAGACGAGGACUAUGAUGAUAAAGAGCAUUCCGCAGGGUCAUGCGACGGAGGUCUGCCGAGAUCGAACAUGAACAACACUCCUCACUGGGCAGUUUAUGCAAGAUAUGUUGAUGAAAAAGACACUUUCGACAAAAUCAAUCUGCCUGAAGACGAGCCGCGUAACUCUGACGUCCAAGGAGUUGUUUCUGACUCCGAAGAAGCCGAUUCUCGACUAAGAAAAGACUCUGAAGUUUCUUUCUGCCGCUCAAGCUACACAAGUGACGGAAUUCUGGAUCUUCAGAAUCGAAAACACCGUGGAAUGUUGCCAGUUCUUGUGACUGUUGCGGAACGGGCGAAAGUUCGAGAAGCGAUAAACAAGAUGAAGCCGAUGAACAAAAAAAUGACGGUGAUGAACAAAUGCUGGAAACCAGAGCUGACUGAAUCGAUGAAGAAGCAGGAAUCCGUAAGACAUGAACGGAAUAAUUCGUUCAGCCCAGAGGACCUCUACAACCGCAGUUUUGUACGCGGAGUUUAUCACACUCUUGGCGAAAAAUCGGUGUCCAGCGACCCGCUUGUUUCUUCGACUGAUUUUCACAUUGCCUUCUACGAGCAUUGCGUCCCGGAAGAGAAGAAAAUCGUCAUUACAGACGCGAUUUUACUUCCUGCCAAAAAUUCCGAUCAGUGCUAG